AUGGCAGACCGUGAGCUCAACAUCCUCGCCCUCGACGGCGGCGGCGUCCGCGCCCUGUCGACGCUGUACAUUCUCAAGAACAUCAUGGAGGCCAUCGACCGCGAGAACCCGCCCAAACCCUGCGACUUUUUCGAUAUGAUCGGGGGAACUGGGUCCGGUGGACUGCUCGCGAUUAUGCUCGGCCGGCUGAAGAUGGACAUCGACCAGUGCAUCACGGGCUACACGCGGCUGUGCAAACAUGUCUUCGGUCGCAAGAAGCGCCUCUCGCUGACGGGGAUGGGGUCCAUGACCAAGCGCAAGUCCAAGGCGAAGCAUGAUGCGCAGCGCGUGGUGUUUGCGCUCAAGUCGAUUCUCCGGGAACUGGGGCACGAGGAUCGCGAGAUCCUCCUGCAGGAUGUGGAUUUGUCGUGUCGCGUCUUCGUCUGCGUAACCGACGCCGCAACACACAAGCUCGUCCCCCUCAGCACCUAUCCCAGCAAAUACUGCCCAACGGAACUCUACAAGAGCACGAAAAUCUGGGAAGCCGCCGCCGCAACCUUUGCGAGCCCCUCCCUCUUCGAUCCCAUCACCCUCGGCCCCUCACGCCGCCGCUUCACCGACUCCUCCGCCCAGGCCAACAACCCCAUCCGCGAAGUCUGGAUCGAAGCAAAAAACGUCUGGCGGCUGACAACCCUCGAGUCGCAACUCCGGUGCCUCGUCUCCAUCGGCACGGGGCUACCGACAAUCAAGCGCUCGAAGCCUAGCGGCGGCGUCUUUGGCUUUUCAACAGCGAAGAGCGCAGACACGAGCGUUGCGGAUCCCGAGGUCGAGACGAACAAGUUCAUACAGGAGCAUAGCGAGCUAGACGAUGACGGGAGAUUGUAUCGGUUUGACGUGCCCAAUGGGCUUGCAGAGAUUGAGCUCGAUUCGGUGGCCGAGAUGGAGACGAUUGUGGAUGCGACGCAGGAGUAUCUGGCCAAGGAGCUGGUGUAUAAGCAGGUGCGGCGCUGUGGGAAGGCGCUGGCGAGGCCGGGGAGUAGUGAGCUUUCGUAUGGGAGAUGA